GCAAGCUGGCUCGGGACCUGAAGCAAUCGAGGCUCGUAUCAACUACAAAGUUUUUAGUCUGUUUCGGACGAUUCGCGUGCAUUGCCGUGCUAGACGAAUUGUCGUCGUUGAAAGCCAGGAAGUCUGGUCAGAGAUCAGGAUCAAUUCCGUGACCUCGAUGCUAUUAAAAAAAGAAGUUAAAUAAAAAUUACGUUCGGAUAGUUCAAUGGAAUGUGCACUGAUGAUCUAAUCGAGAAUUGAUAUUGAUUUGGAAUUUUGUUGUUGAGUGUUAAGGAAGAAUAAUAUUAUCUUGUAUCAGCCAACAUCAGCAGCUCCUUCGGCAUAUCAGUCAAAUAGUUCAAACCACUCAUAUUUCUCGUCCUUGGCAUCCUCGAAAACGGCAACGAGGGCGAAGAAGAAGGUGUUGUAAAGUGUUAGUAAUUUUGAAUCGGGUGCUCGCCAAAGUGUUUUGUAUCCUUUGAGUGUGUACCGAAAACCCUAAACGCAGGUGCUACCUCCGUUCUCAAUUCAGAUUCACGGAUCCGGAAUUCCAUUCCGUAUGGCAUUUGUUAUGCUUCGCUUACCGUAACUUAAAGCAGAAAGCUGUUGUGUGUGCGUUUUCGUGUGCUGUGUACAUUAGAAAUGCUCUUGAUAAUGGAUUUUUGUUUAUCAAUCGUGGAUUAAAGGCGCUUUACGCAUUAGAAGGAUUUCUGUUUGCUCUCUCACCUGGCCUUUUGCUUAUGAUUUCUGGACAACGACAAAUACCAGGUUUUCCUACGAAACAGAGAAGCAGCAAGGACAGGAAUAACGGAAGCUAACGUCGCUUUGAGGCUAACUUCGUCUUGCUGAUGACAUCAGCAAAUACAUACUUAGCAGCUCGUGCUGCUGGUUCAGCUGGAAACCAGGACAACAUUUAAUUAAAUUAAGUGUGGCGCCUCCAACCAUCACCCAAAUCUAUUCAUAGGAAAAGUUUAGAGGAUUUCAUCUGUAAAGUUUUAAAGAGUGAAUGGGACUGUGAACGUGUUGUCAUUUCGACAACUUGACAGACUUUGUGACAAUAAAAGCGACCCAAACUUGUAUUGAGGACAUUCAAACUGCAUCGGAAUUAUGCAACAUAUUGUUUGCGUAGCACAAUUGCAGGUAUAACACGCUUUUCGACUACAGUAAACCUAAAAUCAGGACGCCAUCAAAAACACGGGACACUGCGUCUACUAAAAGGAGUAUUGUGUGCUGUCCUCGUAUAAUUGAUUGUCAAGCGGAAGUUACCCUUGCCCAGCCGGGGUGUCAGAGAUUAAUAGAUAUAUAGCAUCGAGCACCUGAGUACCACCGUGCGGACGUGGAAAAAUACGCAACCACUAACCAAACCCUUCACCAACCACCGGGAAUUAUACGAUAUUCAACGGUGAUAAAACAGAAACAAUAAACACAUGAACUUUCCUUCCAUGCGGGAACGAGUAGUGCAUGAUAUGCGGGAGUGAAAAUCAAGGGUGUUCAAAGCGGUUCCGAACUCUAUGUGUGCGAGUACUUCAAGUCGAGUUCAGGGAUAUGUUAACGCUAUAGAAACAUAUUCCCUUUACAUGCAUGGAUAAUGCGGAUAACCCACUGAGCUUUCACCGAGAUGAUAAAUUAAGCACGUAGUAGUGGAGGAAAGUCAAAUCCAAUUCAAUUUGGGGGGAUGUGAGGUUGGAAUUUCACGUUACCUAUCAGACUGCCAGCCAUACCUGCUGCCUGUAUUUUGUUUCGCUUGGCAAAGUGCUCCUGGAAAACAAUACGACCCAAUUUACUCUAGGGUAAUUGAAAAUAUAAACAAUGCCCUCUUAUGUUAACUUCAAACACCACGUUGAAUUGAUGGGCAUAUCCCGAGUUUCCAAAGUUAAUUUUUUCCCCUAAUAAAGAGGGAAGUAAUAAAAAAGGCGGAAUGAAUACAUUUCUUUUGUGCUAAUUUUUUUAAAUGUAGUAAUUUGGUGUGCAAUGAAUAAAUUUUCCGAUAGGUAAAUGAAAAGACCGAUUGCAUAUUUUCCUCGAGAGUUCGUUAGCGGGAAUUGAACAGGUGAAAGAAAUUAAAGAGGGUGGCGCGUCCGUAAAAGGUGUUAAUUUAAGUACCCGUUCAGUAGGCGUUGCGUUAUUGAAAGGAAUUCCCACCAGUUUGGUGUGAUUUGAAAUUUCGAUAUCGAGUGCGAAAGGAGGGGGAUCCCAAGUUAUUUGUAAAUACUCCAACUGAAAUAGUUUAUGUCUUUCAUACAGCGCAUGGUAGGAAUGACCUGUUGCCGGACAUUUACGCAAGAUAUUAUAGACAAGUCCUUGCUGCAAAUAGUAACCGAGAAAGCGACGGUUUAUGAGCACACCAUUCAACUGACCUCAAUAGCGAUUUAACGUAAAAAGUGCUAACCUAGAUAAUCCACUAAACUUUUGCCCUUCUCCAACCCUUUUCUUUUCAUCGGGAAGUUUGAGUAAAAAAGCUACUAUUCAUUUGCCCAGAGUUUAACCACCUUUAUAUUUCUACACUAUUAAACUUAAAUCUUCAAACCGACCGCUAUAAAAAAAAAGCCAGGAAAAGUGUUCCGUAGAAUUCGCAGAGUCAGCACGUGAGUGGAAAUCGGGCAAACUCGAGAGACGACCGGUAAAAGUGGUUCAAGUUGGCUAGAAUUAACAAAAUAGACAUUUAUACAUAGCAAAGAAAUGACCGCCGUCACGUUUAGAAGUGAAAUCCGCCGUAGUCGGGCUUGUCCCAUUUUGUUGCUAAUUAGCUUUAGUCUUCUCAUCCAACUUGGACUUUUGCCGACAGCAAUUGAGGCUGCCAUUUCCAGUCGAGGUAACUCGUCCUCCUACAGCCAGAAGUACAGCAAAACACAAGGACCACCAACGAAAUCAGUUGGACCAACACAGCCACCACGCUUCCUAUCAAGAGGUCACACAUAUCGAGCGGUGGUAGGUGACACUUUGGCUCUACCAUGCGAAGUUGAAAACUUAGGAUCUUUUGUUUUAUUGUGGCGACGUGGAACAAAUGUGCUAACAGCUUCAGAUAUAAUGGUGACAAGGGAUGAACGAAUAAGACUGAUAGAUGGAUAUAAUUUAGAGAUAUCGAAUCUAGAACCACAAGAUGCUGGAGAUUAUGUAUGUCAAAUAAGUGACAAAGUAAAUCGAGACCAGAUUCAUACGGUUGAAAUUUUAGUUCCACCAACGGUUCGAGCGGUGCCAGCUACAGGACAACUUACUGCCAGGAAAGGGGGAUCAAUCACGUUAGAAUGCAAAGCGUCCGGAAAUCCUGUACCAUCAAUAUAUUGGACGAAAAAGAGUGGCAGUGGAACAUCAUCGGCUCGAAUUGGCGAUGGUCCAAUUCUGACGCUCGAGAAAAUCGAAAGACAUCAAGCAGGAGUGUACCAGUGCACGGCGGGAAAUGGUGUUGGAGAACCAGUCACGGUUGAUAUGCGUCUCGAUGUCUUGUUUCCUCCAGAAAUCUCAGUUGAAAAGUCGUGGAUACAUUCCGGAGAAGGAUACGAAGCUCAACUAGUGUGUGUUGUACAUGCAGAUCCUAUACCUACUGUUGCCUGGUUCCAAAACUCAUUCCCACUACAACCUACGGAUAGGCGAUCCAUGUCAUCGAGAGGAAAUCGACAUAUGCUCACUAUACGUCAUAUACAACAAGACGACUUUGGAAAUUACAGUUGUGUAGCUGAUAAUUCACUUGGACGCGCAAAGAAAUAUAUGGAACUUUCCGGACGUCCGGGAGCAGCAGAAUUUUACUCGCAAAAGUUCAGUAGAUCCCCAGACAGUUACAAUUUGACCUGGAAAGUUGAUAGCUAUCCGCCAUUAGAGGAAGUUCGAUUGUUAUACAGACGACUGCUGAUGAACGAGUCAUUCCAGCAGCCAGGACGAUGGCAUGACGUCAUACUACGCCCCGAACAUCGCACUAAUGGUGAACCCUUAACACACGUCAUGUCCUACACAAUAAAGGGUCUUUUCCCUAGCUCCGUCUAUGAGGCGAUUGUACAGGCCAAAAAUCGUUAUGGCUGGAAUGAGGUCAGCGAUAUUUUCCAAUUUUACACACAAAGGAGUUCCCUGGAUGCACACUCGGAGGACUUGGAAAUGGUGGCCAGUUCGACAUCGCGAAGCGGUGCCGCUUCUCUCCAUCGAAACUCAUUAAUAUGGCCACCGCCACUAUCAGCACUAACGGCACUGUCGACACGACCCUUAUCAUGGUUGUCGAUAACAUCAAUAUCGUCACCGCCGGCGCAUAUCCAACGUCUGUUCGCCACUUUUGCUAGCAUCUUCAUCUUUUUACGGUUUAUGAAGUUACGUGAAUUUCUUUUUGUAGGAUAAUUUUAUCGAUUCUCCAGGGUAGGUAUUUUAUUAGUAUUAUAUUUUUCGUUCUUACAGAAUAUUGUAAAUUUUAAUCUUCUUUGGUUUGACGACAUAUAAUUAAGAACUUUAUGAAUUAUAUGAUAAACAGUUAUUUUAUAAGUUAUUGGUUAAGACAUAAAAGUGUGACAUGAUAAAAUUUUUUAUAUAGGAACAUAAUUAAUUUUAAUAUAAGCAUUGGGCUCUUGUACGUGAGAAAGGAUCGUACUUAUCGGUACUUGCACCAUAAUAAUAUAUGAUAAAUGUAGAGUAUAUCCUAGGCUAGUAACUACACCGCAAUGAACACGAUAUUAUCAGUGAAGGCUGGACUAGAUUACCUGAUAUAUAGCGCUGGGUAUUCCAGUGAAAUGACUGAAACUCCAAUGAAUACGGAACUUUGAAAACUUCCUUAAAUUACAAGGUGAGAAGUAAGAUAUCCCCACCGCCUGAAGUGUUAAGCAAACAUAUGGACCUUAAAAAUAUUGAUUUUAUGUGAUUGAGGCGGUUCGCAACCCUAAUUUUCUUAUUGGGGUAUUUGUUUUGAAUGGAAACUGCUCUGAAAAGAUACAAUUAAACUUUGUUUCAACAUUUUUCUAAUAUGUGUACAUAGUAAAGGUUUUCUAUCCAACAGUUUCCCAGCGCUAUAUAUUUGGAAUCUACCAUGCUUUGAAUAUUGAGCAGUAUUACUAUUAUAUAUUCCAAACCAGAAGGAAAGCUACCACUUUCGGCUUCAAAUCACAUCAGUAAGAGAAAUUUAUAAUUUUUUUUAAGUUACGCUUGGAUUUCAGUCACUAGAUUACAAUAUUAAAAGCUGGAUAAAUAUCUUUUUAUUUUUUCAAGGAAUGUAAAUAUCUAUAAUGCUUUAAUUUAUUUUAAAGUUAACACAACAAUGCUGUGUUCAUGGGAACGAAGGCAUUUACCCACUUAUAGCAUUUUCUUAGCUCAUAUGUAACUUGAAGCAUAAAAAUUGCUACAAAACUUAAGGAAAAAUAAAAGAUUAAAAUGUGAUCCAUUUCAAUGACGCAGUUUGUGGAGAUAAGAUAAGAAUACUUUUAAGAACUAGAAAAAUCUCAAAGAUCGGAAAAACCAAAAUGACCCUUAACCCCUCAACUUCACUAAAAUAAUAGUACCAUAUUACAGAAGAACAGAAUAAUGAAAAGCAUUUCAUAUAGCAAACAAAAAUAAUAUAUUUGUGUAAAAAGUAAAUUGCAAAAAGUAUCGACGAAAUAUUCUUAUUAAGUAUUGUAGAAAACAAAUAUUAAUCACCAAAAAAUGUAAAAAAGGCAAUUUAACAUAGGAUAUUCCGAUUCAAGCGUCGUGUACUUAAUAAAUCAUUACAACAGAACUACAUAUUGAAAACAAUCCUUAAAAAUUUAAAUCGUGUAAAUAAUAGCAUUUAGAAUAAAUGAAAAAAAUACCGUAAGAAUACCAGAAGAAUAUGUCUAAUAUUGACCGAAAAAAUUGUCAUGAAUGAUGAAUAAAAUAAUUUAUUUCAAAUUAAA